GAGCAAAUCAUCAUUCAGACAAUGAACUACCUGUUGACCCAUUAUUAUUCAACGAAUUUAAAACAAGAAGAAAAACCUAAAUGAUGCUUGAUUAUAUAGCGUGACAGAACGUAAAACUAAAACAUUAUUCAAACAUGCAAUCUUACUUUUUUCCGUGAGGCGCUCACUUUUGUUUGAGCAGAUGCAUGCUCUACUCAGUUCUUACGUUAAGAAUAAUUUAUUUCGGUCCUUCAAUUUGUGAUCCGCUUUGUAAGAAAAAUGGAGUUUGAAGAUAUUAUAAAAGAUAUCGGGGGAUAUGGAAAAUACCAAAAUAAUAUGGUACUGCUAUUUGUGGCUCCUGUAACUGUAGUUCUUCCAAUGAUAAUGCUAUCGAGUUUGUUUAUUGUAUCUAUCCCUGAUCAUUGGUGUGAUGUGCCUAAAUUAGAAGAUUUUGCUUUUAAUACUUCAGAACAGAGAAGCUUAUUUAGCCCAGACGAUGACCCUUCAUGUCGUAUGUAUGAUUUAAAUUUUGAAAAUAUUUCAGAUUUUAAUAAUCUGGACAUUAUUAAAAAUGCAAGCACUAUUCCUUGUACCUAUGGCUGGAUAUAUGAUAAAAGUAACUAUGAAUCGACAGCAGCAACUAAGUGGAACUUAGUUUGCGAAAAUAGUCACUAUACAAGCCUUGUACUAACAUUGCAAAAUGUAGGAGGCAUAGUAGGAGCGCCUAUUACCAGUGUUUUGUCUGACAAUCGAAUGAUUUUACAGUGGAACUUAGUUUGCGAAAAUAGUCACUAUACAAGCCUUGUACUAACAUUGCAAAAUGUAGGAGGCAUAGUAGGAGCGCCUAUUACCAGUGUUUUGUCUGACAAGUAUGGCCGAAAAAUCGUAUAUUUUUCAAUAGUUCUGCUUUCAGUAGCUGUCAAUGUCAUUUGCCCAUUUAUCCAAGACUUCACUACGUUUGCCGUUCUGAGAGCGAUUCAUGGCGUCAUUUAUCCUCCGAUUUUAAUCCUUCCUUACAUAUUAGCAAUGGAAUUGAUACCUCCAGAGAAGCGUACAAGAACCAGCUAUAUAUGGAAUUUUAGUUGGGUCGUUGGCAUGUGUAUUCUGCCCGCAAUAGUGUAUGUAAGCAGAAACUGGCGUAUUUUUUGUUGGAUCAUUUCUUCUGUGGGAUCAAUGGUUUUAAUUUAUUGGAAUGUUGUUUCAGAAUCCCCGAGAUGGUUGAUAUCACAAAAAAGAUAUGAUGAAGCUAGAGACGUCAUUCUGAAAAUCGCUGAAAUAAACGGCUUUAAUCCUAAUCCAAAUUCUUUGCUGAAAAAAUUGCAGGACAUGGGUGACAAAAUUGAUCGAGAAAAAAAGGAAGAAGAACGAAGCUUUUAUGCCUUGAUAAAUCGACCUCGUUUGCGAAAACAUUUUCUUAUUCUUACAGGUAGUUGCUUUGCAAAUCACACUAUAUAUUGCAUUAUCCAUUACAAUAUAACCAAUUUAGAAGGUAAUGAGUUCUUCAAUUUUUUCCUCCUAUCAAUUGCUGAAGCACCAGGGACUUUUUUACUAUGGUUUACAAUGGAGCGCAUUGGUCGCCGAUGGAGUGCAGUUGGAAGUUACAUAAUUGGAGGAAUAGCUUGUGCACUACCAAUUACAGGUUUACCAUACAGUGACACUGUGAGUUCAGUAGCUGCUAAAUUUAUUGUGGCGGGACUAUUCAUGGUAACAGACCAACAAAUAUGUGAACUAUUUCCUACUGUUUCAAGAUCUUUUGCAAUGGGUUUAGCAAAAUCUAUAUCAAUCGGACUUUCAGUUUUUCAACCUUACGUAAUUCAACUGAAUGUGUAUGGGAAAGCUCUUCCUUUUGUGAUUAUUAGUUUAACAUGCUUUAUAAUAGGUAUAGUAGCAUCAUUUUUACCAGAAACUCUUAAUGAAAACCUUCCCCAAACCAUAGAAGAUGCUGAAGAGAUUGGAAAAGAUCAGAAGUACUUUUCAUUCCAGAGAAAAGACAAAUGUGUUCAGUAAGCUGAAAUAGGCUCUUCAUGUUAAUGUCAAAUGCGUUCUAUAUAAAUAGAUCUCAUUUUAUUGCUUCUAUGUAAAAAGUGUUUGUACUUAGAUACGGGUUUUGUACUUAGAUACGGCUUUUAGAAAAGGUUUAUAUGAAUCAAAUUUGAUUCAUUGUAAUACGAUAUAUCGCAUCAACGAGAUUCAAUCACAUUAGUGUGACACAUUCAUUGAAACAGCAAAACUUAUUCCGUAGACAAACUACAUAUUUUAUGAAACAAUAAAGUAAAUAAAAAUUUUAAAAUGAAAACCUGUGUUUUCUAUCAAAAUUCCUUUUUAAGUGACUUUUAAGACACCCUGCAUUUAUAAGCCUUUUCGUCCAAAAUGCUCGUUUGAUACGUUUAAAAAGACUUAUACAGGGUAGGUAUUUUUUUCAGAUUAUGAAGAAAGCUUUGAAAAAAGUAAAUAUUUCAGCUUCAGAAUCGUCUGAUUGGCAGUAUUCGUCAUAAAAAAGUUAAUCAAGCGAAAAUGAUGAGUUUACAAGAUGAAUGCGAGUUCGAUUAAUGCUCAAAUCGAUAAAUUUCAUAUAACUGUAAUAAUUUUAUGGCGUUUGGAUGCUUAAAGCGUCACAUAUCACCUGUUAGUCUGCCUUAGCUGUAUAUAGUAUUUAUUUUAUUUAAACUGUAAUUUCCUUAUGCUGCACGUUUGGGAACUCUAAUAGGCUCAAUCUUAGGUAAUAAAUAACUUCGGAGGUAAAUUGCUUGUGUAAAAUGCUGUAAAUAAAUGUAGAUGUUUGGCUACAUUCUGAUGCAAUUUAUCACUGAACAUUUUUAUUGAGAAUAGAUGCGUGAGUCAAUUGAUAACGUAACUAUUCUUUAGUUUGAAUAACCCCUUACAUAUAUAUGAUAAAAAAAUCAUUGAUUUCGAAUUACUUUUGUUUCCACUGAUAUUAAAUACAAUAAAAAAAGGGGAAGACAAUUUUCUACUUAAUAUAUUAUUGCAAUUAUAGAUGUGAUAUAUCUUAUUUAUUGCGUGUGACAGAAUAUUUAAUUUACAUUAAAUUUUUAAAAAAAUAUUUUUUUUUUUUUUUUUAUUUGUCAUUUUUUAAUUAAGAAUAUUUUUAAAGAAAAUUACCAGAUUACUUAAUUUACAUUAAAUUAAAGCAUAACUUUAAUCCGAUUUGAAAUGAAUUUUAGAAUGUGUCAUCAAUUUCAAGAUUUCAUGAACAUUUCGAUUUUUAAAACAAAAUAGGAGAGGUUUUGCUUUAUUUUCUCUUAAGUUUUAUAUUUAUGUACCUUACUUUAUUAAUGUAUCGUUCAUGAUAUUUGGAUUUGUAUGAAACUUAUAUUAUUUUCUAUAUUUUUAAUAAACUGAAAAAUAAUUUUUUGA